AUGGCGGCCACCAAUCUCUCCAAUCUAUCUAAUUUAAAUGAGAAAUCUCCCGGAAGACAAGUCCUCGAGGGACAUGAGGGUCAGAACUAUAGUCACCAUGAAGACGUCGCGGUGAAUUCCUACGCGGAUGAGGCCGGGGAGCCUGAGAACGCACGUCCAAUGACCUUUCGUCGAUUCAUGGGGUUUGCGGCCAUGGCCUUUCUGUGGACGGGCAGUCAGAUUCCGGUAUACCUGUUCGGAGGCAUUCCACCGCAUAUCUAUGCUGAUAUUGGCGGGUCGGAUCGGUGGGUUUGGUUUGUUCUUGCAAAUCUAUUGGCGCUGUCUGGAGUCUGUCCUUUCGUCGGAUCUCUGUCGGAUCUGAUCGGUCGUCGCUAUGUUGCCAUUAUCGGGGUCUCUCUCGUUUGCAUUGGCAUGAUCGUGUGCAGUACCGCUAACACUAUGAAUGUUUUCAUUGCUGGAAUGGCGAUCGCAGGAGCAGGAGCAGGAGUCAAUGAAUUAACCGCGCUGGCGGCGACAUCAGAAAUGGCGCCAACGAGACAGCGAGGCAAAUAUGUCGCCGUGCUCAUCUUCACCAUUGUACCCUUCUGUCCAUCCGUUCUCUGGGCCCAACUCAUCUCAUCGCACAGUGGUUGGCGCUACGUCGGUGCUUUCUGCGGAGCCUGGAGCGGCUUUGGCUUGCUCAUCACAACCCUGUUUUACUUUCCGCCUCCCAGAACCAACUCGGAAGGAUUGAGCAAACGGGAUAUCCUCUCUCGAGUGGACUAUGUUGGCGGAUUUCUUAGCAUAGUUGGUUUGAUUCUUUUCAUGGCCGGUAUGCAAUGGGGCGGUUAUCAAUACGAAUGGACAUCAGCUCAUGUGCUUGUCCCACUUAUCCUUGGAUUCGUUAUCCUAGUUGCAUUUGGCGUUUGGGAGGUAUACGGCGCCAAAUACCCCAUUUUCCCAAGUCGGUUGAAGCAGGAACCACGCACGCUGGGCUUAACGCUAGUGAUCACGUUCAUCUCCGGAGCGAACUUCUUCUCGGUGAUUAUGUUCUGGCCUACGCAGUCGUUCAAUGUCUAUGGUCACGAUCCCGUGGACGUCGGUGUCCGAAGCCUGCCCAUUGGAUUCGGCAUCAUGGGCGGUGCAUGUAUCGUUCUCUGGCUACUGAGUGUCCUCCGAGGACAUAACAAGGAGCUGUUGAUCAUCAGCAGCAUCCUGAUGACAGCAGGCUGCGGCGCAAUGGCAGUCGGACGAACCGACAACCUCUACCAACUCUGGGGCAUCCUCACCGUCGCGGGCCUCGGAAUCGGAGGAAUCGUCGUCCCAGCAUCCAUCAUGACCACCAUUAUAUGUCCAGACGUGUGUUCCUACCUCCCCUCCCCCCAAUCUCCAUCUUACCCACCACUAACCCCCAUCCCCAACCCUCAGGACCUAAUCGCCACAAUCUCGGCCCUCACGCUCUCCAUCCGCGUCGUAGGCGGCAGCAUCGGCUACACGAUCUACUACAACGUCUUCAUCUCGAAAUUCGUCCCCAACGCAACCCACUACAUCGGCGGCGUAAUGGUUACGAAGCUCAACAUCACCGACACCACCAUCAUCACCCACGCCAUCGAACUGACCGGCGCCUCGCUACUCGACCAGCUCCACCACCUCCCUGGCAUUAAUGGCAGCGAGGCCGCGUACCAGGCGGUUGUGGUGGCCGGGCAGAUGGCGUACGCGGAGAGCUAUAAGUGGGUGUAUUAUGCUAGUAUUGGGUUCGGGGGUGUGUCGAUCCUCGCGGCUUGUUUUUUGGGGAAUAUUGGUGAUUAUAUGGAUGAUCAUGUUGCGGUUGUUAUUUAG